AAAUGCUGUCUCCCUUUUAUCUGCUUAAAGAGCAACAUAUAGUUCAUAGUUUGAAGAUAAGAAUCUUGUCAUAGAUUCUGUUUCUGCAUGAAUAAUUGAAUAUCCAGAUUCUACAAUUCACAUUAUUCCAUCUUGAUUAAAAUCAUCAUAUACGGUGAGAGUAAUGAUUAUUUUUAUAGAUGAAUAAUUUUUGUCAAGCCUCGUUCCUUUCAAGGGGUGCUUCUACUCUUAUGUGUGAUCCAUAUUUUCCCACGAAACCAAUGGAAUCACAUUAGUCCUUACUUGAUUGUCACUUUGCUAAGAUAGGGUGACAAUUUAUUUAUUUUUGCGUUGUUCAUUGAAUAUACAAAAUACAUGGAACAGUAAAAUGACAAGAUAAGUCUCAAUUAACACAGCUAUUAUACACUUUGUUGUGGAUUUUUGUACUAUGCUGUUCUUGUUCAUAAACAUCAAGACAUGUUAGAGAGAGUUAUUCGUUCGGCUACGGAUUCCAUAGCAUCUGUGUUAUAUUUUCUACUCGAUAGAUUUAUGUAAUGACAAAAGAUUCAACACGUGUUUGCCCGUAUUGCACUUAGUAAAAGAUCUCGAAGUAGAACAAGAAGAAUCCUAACUCACUUGUGUAAAUUUACUCUCUCGAAAUCUUUAGGUCUUAAAUGAGUCUCUCAAAAUCUUUAGAUGUUAAUGAGUAAACCGAUAUAUCGUCUCUUUUAUAAAUUCGUUUUACUUAUAUUGUUGAUCCCAAAAUUUAUUCGUUCUUGUUAUUCAUAACUUUUUAAAGUCGUUUGACUCAUAGUGGUGUCGGAAAUUUGUUCGUUCCUUAUUAUCUAUAGUUUUGAAAUUGUGGUUCUGAUAUCAUUUUAACUCUAUGGAAUAUUUAGGCAUCCGGGUGUAUGUUGUUAAUCUAAUAGACAAGGUAUCUAAAUUUUCUUAUAAAUAUGUUGGUUCUAUUACUAGUACAUAUACAAAUUUUAGCUCACUAAAGAAGUCGGAGUAGCUAUGAAGGCCUGGAACAUACUGUUGUUCACUAUCUGUUUUCUAUAUGUCCCUUCAAGCCAUGCAGCAAAUUCAAAUCUUUUCCGGGAGUACAUUGGAGCAGAAUCUGACUCUGUCAAGCUGUCCGACUUGCCUAUAAACUCUGACGUCGAAUUUCACUUCAUCCUCGCAUUUGCCAUAGAUUACACUACUGAUAGUCUUGCACCUACUGACGGUGUUUUCAAUGUUUUCUGGGAAACAAAAAAUCUGGGUCCUCAUGACAUCGCUUCGAUAAAAGAUAAGCACUCAAACGUCAGAGUUGCAGUUAGCUUGGGAGGAGAUACUGUUGGAAGUGGUCAUAAACAUGCAAAAUUUACGCCAAAGUCUAUAAACUCUUGGGUCAAGAAUGCAGUUUCUUCUCUGACCACGAUCAUAAAACAGUACAACCUUGAUGGUAUCGACAUCGAUUAUGAGCAUUAUGAUUCAAAUUCGAAUACAGACAUGUUUGCAGAAUGCAUUGGACAACUGAUAACUAAACUUAAGGACGAUAAAGUCAUCUCAUUCGCCUCCAUUGCGCCUUUUGAUGAUGGCGGAGAAGUUCAGAGUCAUUACUUGGCCUUAUGGAGGAAAUACGGGCAUGUCAUCGACUAUGUUAAUUUUCAGUUCUAUGCAUAUGAUAAGCUGAGUGUUCCGCAGUUUCUGCAGUACUAUAACCAACAGCUUCAUAACUAUGAAGGUGGUCAGCUUUUAGCUAGCUUUAUCAUUGAUGGUAAUAUUGGCUUGAAGCCCGACGACGGGUUUUUUGAGGCUUGUAAAGAAUUGAAAGGACAGGGAAAGCUUGGGGGAAUAUAUGUAUGGUGCGCUGAUGAAUCUAAGAACAACGGGUUCAAAUACGAGAAGAAAUCUCAAGCAUUGUUGGCGUCGUCUUGAUCAGAAUGCACAGAAGCAGAAUAAUGAAGAUAUUACGUGUGAUGACUAAUGCAAGUAAAUAAUUUGUCUCGGCCAAGUUUGCAGAUGUUCUGAUUUAAGCCAGGGGUUGUCUAAUAAUCUAUUUGUUCAUCCUGUAAUCCCCAACUCUCCAGAUACCGAAACUUUUACAUAAUAUCAGGAGAAAGAUCUGUUAUAUAUGUCUACUGUUAUGUGUUGGUUGUUUUUGUUAUUUAUUUGGCCUUGUUUGUUGA